CGUUCACAGCACAGAAGAACUGGAUGGGAUUUUCAUCUAGUGGGGGCACAGACCGACACUCAUAGAGCAGAGCUAUUUUCAUCUACCUCUCAACAACCUUGACUAUCCCGUACCCUGUAUACCUCACUUCAAACCUAUCGCAAGUGUUCUCUCCGUCAAGAUGCCCUCAACAUUACAAAAGGCCCGUAAGCACAUUGCGAAGAAGCGGAACGGCCAUGACCUAGCCCUACAUGAGUACUCCAGAGACUCAAAGCGCCUUCACAAGGCGUCCAUAAGAGAUCAGAAGCUGGAGAAGCUUCAUGCUUCAAGGAACAGGAAGGAGCAGCCGCUGCUUGACCGUGCUCGUUAUUUUCAAAAGGCUGUCCAGGAAAACGGGUCCGAGCCCCUCGAGUUGGCCGCCAUCCAGGAGCUAAUUCACAAGUUUGUGCAUCAGUAUGAUGAGGAGUACGCCGAGGUCAAGAAGACACGUCGGCCAGGACGUCCUGCGAGUCCCAAGGAGGACUUGCUGAAGCAGAAGAUUGCAACCCUUGAAGAGGAGUACAGGAUCGGGUUCUACCUUCCCGACCUCUUGGAUGCGUCCAACACACUCCUGCUCGAUCGCUGGGAGGGUUCAUGGUCUUACCUGACCUCGGUCGCCUGGGUCAAGAUCACAAGCGAUGGCAACAUCAAGAAGUCCAGCUUCCCGCCCACCGGCAGCUCUUGAGAACAACCGUUUUUGCCGGGGUGUUUUUGGCGUUCGGAGGAGGUCGUAUUGGGCCGUGAAUAGGUCUGGCUCUGGGGCGAGGGGGAGAAACCCCCAGCGAUUUGAUUGAGGCAACAAAGAGGGGUUCGCAUCGUCUCUGUUUUCCCUGUGCAAGUUCCAGGACGGCGCAAGCUGUAGGAGACGGGGGAUGCCCGCAGAAGGUGUCUCAGAC